GUGGUGUCCCUGUCCCUCGCCCAGUUUUCUUUCUAAUUUAAUCCCCCCCCCCCCUUCUUCCCCUUCCCUUCCCCUCCCCAAGAAAAUAAUCAUUUUUAGGGGUUUUCUUCACCAUGACUUUCUCGUGGAAGAAACCCAAAUCAACCCUUUUCUCGCGGCUGGUCGCCGAUCUCCAUCGACCCCCCAAACGCGGCAGUACCCUCGUGGUGGAGACCGGCUUUCCCACCUCCCUCAUCGAUCUCAUCUUCAAGAACCGUGAUCGAUUGAGAAAAUCCCCUAAAAGAAACUCCACUUCCCAGAUCCAAACCCCUUUUACCCAGUCGUUCCCCGCCCCUCCCUGCGAUCAACAGGUACAAUCUCCUGGGGUAGAUGUUGGGAAAUUAGUGGUGGUUCAGAGUGAACGCGCGGGUAGUGGUAGGAUGGCGUUUAAAGUUAUUAUAGUGGCGGCUCUAGCUGUUAGUACCAAGCAACUUACGCUUUGGAUCAUGAUGGCCGCAUUCUUUAUAUUGCUAAUAGAGUUUGUUGGGGAUACUGUUUUUGGUUUCUCGCCGCCGGAAUCUUGCGCCGUUUUGUUGGGUUCUUGGAUCGGAAAAGGUUUGUUGGAUUUUAAGACGCGAACACAAUCAGCCCAACAAACACAUGUUCUCCCUGAUUCUAUUGAGUUGAUUGAGUUGGAAGAUGAUUGCGUCCAGGAGAUUCAGAUUGUUGAAUCGGAAUCCGAUUGCGCAGGUGAAACGGAAAUUGUAGUAGAUGGGAUGGAGACAAAGGAAAAGAUCGAACUUAGCCGGAGUGGAAGGAUUAAAAGGCAUCUGAUUAAGAAAUUGGUGCCAAAGAAGUUUAGACACGGAAAGAAGAAAAACGAGGAUCAAUUGGGAGCUAAUAUACAUAAAAUGGAGCUUGAAGAGGGAUCACAAGAAGAAGAGAUACAUAGGUUUGAUCAAGUUCUAUGGGAGGAAUCAGAAAUGGGACGAGUCAAAGAAGAAAAGGUGGAGAAAGGGUCAUCAGGGCAGCGAGUAAGUGGGAGUGUGAUAGUGAUUGUUCUUCUUGCAGGGGUGGUUCUAGGAGGGCGGGGGGCUGCAUUUUUUAUCACACUUGUAUGGUGCUUGAUGCUAACAUUUAUUGGGAGAUUCAGAUGUUGAAAUGAUAAAGAUCAGAUGAUAUUUUGGCAGCAUCUUCAACCUAAGAUGGGACGCAUCGUAGCUUUCAGUGACAAAACUUUGCGGAUAACGGCAAUCAGAUUACGAUAGCAGUCAUUAUUAUGGUCAUUACAGGUAUCGCGUGAAAUAACAGUUUCGAAUGGCCAAGUAACAACUGUAAUUCUGAUAAGGGCUACAUUCAUGUUUGAUUUCUGUGGAUGAGACUGCUGGCUGCCUGAAGCCUGUGGUAUAUAGAAUUAGAGAGGGAGUUGCAACGUUUUUUGGUUGUAAUUUGAAAUGUAAAUUUACAUGUACAAAUUCAGAAUCAAUGCACAAUAUUCGUUCAACUCUAACAUUGCAGUUCGCCAUAUGUUUCUUUUAUUUGAGAUGAUGUAUGUCAUGGAA